AUGGUGAAAAUACUACAGGCGUAUAAUUUUGCCAAGCAAAAUACAUUUGCUUUGAAUGGCGAAAUAUUGGCAGCAACAUUAAUUGACUCUAAUCGCAUUGCCAUUAGUAGUGCAGAGCAAUUCAUAGAAAUUUAUGAUAUUGUUGAUAGACAACGCUUAGCAGACGAGAAAGAUGCUGUCGGGGCAGGUGCUAGUGAAAGUGCUGCUAUAAAUGAUAACAACACAAGUUCAACUGCAACUAAUGAUGAAAAGCUACCCACAAAAUACACCCUGGCUACUGUGGGUGAAGUGGUCAAUUUAAUUUAUUGUGAAGCAGGUAAAUAUUUGGUUACAUUAGAAAAGGAGAAUGUUGGAAGUCCUGUGCACACAAAUUCAUCGAGCAUUAGUUGCACCAGCAGCAGUAACAAUACCACGGUUUAUUCCGAAGAUGAUACAAAAAUGUUUGUGCGCAUAUAUGCAAACUUUUUGAAAUUUCCAGAAUCAAAGUUAGCUGAUUUACCCAUUACCAUACGAAUUGCAUCGAUGACAACACCAAAGGCACAGUUAAUUAAAAGUAUUGACGUAAUUGAGCUGCCAUUGCGUAGUCCUCCAGAUCUAAUACAGUGCUGUCAGACCUCCGGCAACAUUAUUGUUAGCAGCAAAGAGCGCAUCUAUCUAUACGAAUAUACCCAAUGCGUUCACGAGAGUACACAACCAAGAUUUAAAUAUAUUGAUUUUCUACCAUUCAAAUUUUUUGUAAAUCUAAACUUUGUACCAUUGAAAUUGAAUCUUGCUGAAAAUGUGAUUGCAUGUAUGAAUAAUCGUUAUUGCGUAGCGUUUCGUGUGGUAGAUGUUUUGGCCAGCAAUGUGUGCACUGCUGGUGAUGGCGGCAUUCAAAAUACCAUGCAAUAUGCUUAUGAUAUGGAUGAGAAUGCCGAUAUAGAAGUUGAAGAUGUCAUAUCGAAUUCAGAAUCGAGUAUGGCAAGUAAAACUAGUGUGGGGCCUUCUAGCCAUAGUCAUAAUAGCUUUGAAACAGAUUCGUUGGAAACUACAGCAAGUGGACGUCCUUUAAAUGGCUUUCCGGGUAGAACACCUAUUGACUUUAAUGUGGCACGUAUGGUGAACUCAGCAUGUGGUCGUGAGUUUGAAGUGGAUUUGAAAUCACAAUGGGAGCAAAAUGAAAGUGAUAUUGGCAAUGGCCCAGUCAGUGGUAAAUGUAGUAUAACUUGUGAUACUCAAGAAAUAAUUAUAAUGCCGACAAAAGCAAAUGAGAUCAAAAUUAAGCUUGUCAAUGAAGCAAAGGCUAUGAAUGUGCAGCGUAUUUCAGCAAACGGUAAAAUUGUAUCUGCCUAUAACGAGGAAAAUAUGGUGCAAUAUGAUAUACGUAAAUUGCUACAAAUUUGUAUGAAGACUUCCGAACCGGGAGGUGCUCGAGUUGUAGAUAUAUUACGUUGCAUGGACCUGAAAGCCAUUUAUCAGCGCAAUGACAACGAUUGCGAGGAUAUCGACGAUCCUGAAUACGACAUGGGAAAUCAACAAAUACCGGGUGCAAUUACAACAUCAAAACAUGUUAAUCGGCGUACUUUAAAGUCUAAUAAACAUCAGAGCUGUAUUGGUUUUGCUUUAUUAGUUGCCAGCAGUGUUGAUGGUUAUCUCUACCAGUUUUGUGCCCAAGGCAAGUGGUACAAUGAAAACGAAAAGCCUAUAGCAAUUUAUUCAUUUACUGCUCCAGUUUUACAAGUUCAUAUUAAUGAUUAUGUCAUCUAUGCCAUAACUACGGAAUCGGUUGAAACACAUACUUCUAGAAUUGGACACAAACUGUUUAAUAAUCGCUUCGAGUACCCCUCUAUAGCUGAGUUAUUUCCGGAAGAGUCAAGUCCUGAUGUAAACGCUCCCAUUGCUGUAGUGGGACUGUGUUCAUUUAUACAUGUUCAGUAUGUAUGUGUGAACCGUAAUAAUUUGGUGUUAAUAAGCAAUGGAGCUUUGAACUCUGCCUCUAAUUCAGGCGACAGCAGUAGCACAGCGUUAAAGAGACGAAGUACAGGCGAGGGCAAGCGCAAUAUAGCUGCGCGUUUGAUCGCUGAAGCCAAAGCUAAACACAAUUUGUUGCGAAACAGUUAUUCCAAUCAACAAUCAGUCACAAAUGAAUGGACUCUAUAUAAUCUGGAAGUACCACCCGUAGAACAGGUGGUAGAUGAUUUAGAAUCCAUAGCCGAAACUUAUAGAUCCGCUAGUAGUUCCAAUUUUUAUGACCUCAUGGAGGAGGCUCAUGUUAUGCUGAGAAUGAGUACUUCCUUGCAAUUCAACAAGUUAAGCGAAGAAAGAGAAUCGCAAUUACGUCGUAAAUUUAUGGCAAAUUGUCGUAAGUUGGCUGAUUUCUCCAUAAGAUCGAAAAAGAAGGAAAUCCAUAUGCAGGCAUCGGGAUUUUAUAAAAUGUGCAAUUUGCAAUUGUCCGAAAUUUAUGAAAAUUAUAUAAACAACUUGCUCUAUAUUGAUGAAGAUAAAUGUCAGGACAUGCAAAAACUUCCAACGCCCGGAGAUGAUUCCACAAUAGAACCUGAACAACUUUAUGGUCUAAUUUAUACAGUCAAACUAUUUUUAAUGAAUUUAGGCACGGAUCGUUUAAAAGCCUCAUUCCUUAAUCAAUUGGUCAAACCAUUUUUUACACCUAGUCGAGUUGUAAAGCAGGGAUUUACUCAAGUUUCCCUGUCAUUGGAAUUUUUAAAUUUGUUUAUAAAAUACUCUCCCGAAGACGUACCACCAGUCAUGUUAGGCUCUCCCGUCGUUGCUGAUUCUAUAAGUGGAGAAAUUAUAAAUUAUUUAAAAUUUUUAGACAAUUUAAAUCCCGAUGAUAAUAUCUUGCUCGCUGUAACGGCUUGUCGUAUGUCAAAUUAUAUUUUAUCACAAGAAGUUGUCUCGCGUACUAAUCGUCACGAUUUGGCUGUGGCCUUAAUCAAAUAUAAAAAUGUCCUAUUCGACGAUACAACGGUGUUAUUCCAAAAACAAAAGCGUGACAAAACUGAUGAUUAUCCAACUAGUUUAUCAAAAGACACUCAACAUCCUCAUAGUAAGCAAGUCAAACGCAAAUCAACACAAAUCAAUCAAAGUGCUUUAAUAGGAAGUUUGUCAACCGCUGGCCAGGAAGUGGUUUCCUUUUCGGAUUUCGCCGAGACCAUUCUGUUAGCUACAGAGAAAACUGAGCUAAUCGAGGCUAUAAGUGACGUCUUCAUACAUGCCUUGUGUGUGGAACACAGUAUAACACUGGAAAUCAUUUUGCAAUUAUUUCUCAACUACAUUGCAUCGCACAUUGGGCAGAAGGGUUAUCAAACUUCACAGAAAGUGUUUGUUAAUAUUUUGCAGGCCUAUUAUUAUGAUCUGUUUGAUGUAAAUCCUUUAAAUACAAAUCAAGAUAUGCCGACAAAUAACACACCGCCUCAAAUUGACGAAGACUACGAUGAAGGUUUCUCCAAGGGUAAUAGUGAUCGGGACAGCGAAUCGAUUGCUAAUUCUAUAGGUGAUACAAAUUCUGCAGCUAGUUCAUCAAUUGAUGAUAGACGCAUAUCUGGCCAUUGCAAUCGCAUUGUUUAUGAUCAAUUGCAAGAGCAACAGUCACCAUUUAAACGUAAUUCAAAAGCUUCGCUGCUGAAUAUUGAUGAUCAACAACAACAACAGCACAAUGCUGAUGAGAAUGAAAUCAAUAAUAAAGGCUUGAAAAUACUAUUUCGUAUGUAUAUGGGGCGUUUGAAGGCCUUAAGUGAUUUGAUAACUGACCUGCAAUCGGCAGAUCUUGAGCAGCAGUCAUUAAAUGAAGAGUUCUUAAGUUUACGCAUGGAAUGCAUAUCUUUCAUGAUGCGCCACUUGCAAGAGUUACGUAUGCAACAGCAGCAUCAUAAUCAUUUGGGUGCAAAUCAAAAUUAUCACAUGUUGUAUUAUGGUCAGUCGUUGCCAGGCAAUGGAUGCCGAAUUAAUGAUCCAAAAUUGCUGUAUGUACCAUUUAUACCCGAUUAUAAGUUAAGUGGUGAGACAUUCGAUCAGCAUAUUAAAUCGUAUGUUAGACCUAUACCAUGUCUUUCGGAUCGUCCCCAAUAUUUAAACCGUUUGUCGCCAUUUAAACGAGGCGAUUUCAGUUAUCCGAACAAAGAAGAUGGGGAAACUGAGGUACAUUUUGUUGGUUGGCAUAACGAACUGCUAACGUUAACAUUAAAAAUCCAGUCAUUGUUGGCAUCGCCGAAAAUUGAACAGGAUAUUAUUGAAGAAUUCAUUGCAUUUGUACAAAAGACACCAAAUCUCUUGGGCAUCGAUAGUUUUCUGGUAAUCGUGUUGCCCAAACAUUUAGCCAUUAAUUAUAUGCUAAACUUUUGCCCUGACUAUCUUUGGCAAUAUGGCAAGUCUAACAAUUUUACACCAAAACAAUGGGAAUCCUUAUUUAAGAAAAUUCUGGGUAAAAAAGAACUUUUGCCGAAUUGGAAGACUUAUAUUACUGAAAUCCUCAAUAAUUUGGUAGCUGAUUUGAAUUUCGAAGAACUUUUGCAAUGCUUUCCUAGUGAGGUUAUACACAAUCGUAACAUUGAACUAUGGACUAAAGAAUUCAAUACGGAAUGUAUAACAGCUAUUGAUUCGAACAUUGGAGGUUUAAUAUUCGAACAUGAAAAUAUUGAAAAUACAGUGCCAUUUACACAAACCAUGGCUCGUGAUCACUUGCCUAUGGACAAUAUAGAUGAGAAUAAUGUCUUCGAACUCACUCUGCGCAAAGCGGUCUCCAAACAACGUAGCAUUGCUUUGCGUUCUAUGAUCGAAUCAACUGGCAAACAACUGUUCGAUGCAACAAGUAAUCCUAUGUACAAUCUUUAAGAGAAUGAAUUAAACAUAAAUAUAAUCAUUUGAGUUAGUUAGCAGACAUUUCCGUAGUUGUUUAUAAAAUAAAAUAUGAAAAAUUAAACAAAAUAUAUAUAAUAUAUAUCAAUUAACGAAAAUUAAUACGUUUUCUUAAUUUUAUUCAUAUUAAACGUUUAUUAAAAAAGUCUAUAACCAUCUAAUAAAUUGUAGUAUAAUUAAUAUACAGCGUAUAAUUGUUAUUGAUCUUAUGAUAAAUUAUCAACAUUUAUAAAUUAUUAUUAUUAAUCCAGAUUACAUAUGUAAUUUAUAUGUAACCGUUUGAUAUUUUCUAAAUUUACAAAUUUGCAAAUGUAGUAUUUUUUAUGGUCAUAACUGCACAAAUUUUUACAAUAAAUUCAUAUUUAAGUCAUCACUAUUUAAAAGAAAAAGUCAAGAUUAAAUCAUUCCAUACUUUAAUUUUGGAUUUGUUUUUAAUCUAUUUUAUACAUACUGACCUAAAUAUGUAUUUUAGUAUUUUAAAAAUAUUUUAUUAUAGUUUUUAUUCGGAAAUCGAAUAUUUAUUGAUACUCAUACGUACUACUAUAAUUUUAAAAUUGUAUUUAAUUUGUGAUUAUUUUAUUUUUGAAAACAUACAUAUUUUAAAUUACUUUAUACAUACAUACCCUAUAUAUACAAAAUUUUUAUUUAAAUAAAGUGAUAUUUCUAUUAAAUAUUAAA